CACUUUAAGAGUCAAUGUGUGCCCUAUAUAUAAGCUCAGCACUCAAUUGUCAUUCACUGUGCACAGUGUCACCUCUGCUGGGCUCUUUACCAAUCCUUACUCCAUCAUGGAUGAUAUCUACAAGGCAGCGGUUGAGCAGCUAACAGAAGAGCAAAAAAAUGAAUUCAGAGCAGCUUUUGACAUUUUUGUACAAGACGCAGAGGAUGGAUGCAUCAGCACAAAAGAACUAGGAAAAGUUAUGAGAAUGCUGGGUCAGAGUCCAACCCCUGAAGAGCUGCAAGAGAUGAUAGAUGAGGUGGAUGAAGAUGGAAGUGGUACUGUAGACUUUGAUGAGUUCUUGGUCAUGAUGGUCCGAUGUAUGAAAGAUGACAGCAAAGGAAAAUCAGAAGAGGAAUUAGGAGACAUUUUCCGCAUGUUUGACAAAAAUGCUGAUGGGUACAUUGACCUUGAAGAGUUAAAGGCCAUGCUAGAAGCAACAGGUGAAACCAUAACAGAGGAUGACAUUGAGGAGCUAAUGAGAGAUGGGGAUAAAAAUAACGAUGACAGAAUUGAUUAUGAUGAAUUCCUGGAAUUUAUGAAAGGAGUGGAAUAAACUGAAGAAAGCAGCUCAUCAUUUUUCUUUAAUUAAUAAUUUAAUAAAACUUUAGACUUGAAAACUUUUCGUCUUUAAAGCAUUGGUUCACUUUCACUGUGGUUGGCCAGUUGCAAUUAGUUGCAAAUAGUUUGCCAGUUACUCCUAAGCAGAAAAACAAGUAUUUUUAUUAGGCUGUGCUCACGCAUUUUAUUUUUUUAUCAUACAAAACAGGUAUAGGAUCUAGGGAACUAUGUAUAUGACUGUAUCACAUAUGUGUAUUGUAUGGAUUCAUAAAGUGGGACCAUAGAAAAUAUUUUGCCAUAUUAUACCUUCAUAUGAUAUCAUGGCAUGCUCCACUGCAUGCUGUAUUGCUGAGGUAUUCUGCCCUACAGUAGAUACACUGGAUUUAAGAGAGAAAAGGAGGAAUACCACAUAUUGUAUGGUUCCACACCAUACAAUAGUACACAGACAAUACACAUUGCAUUAAUACACAUUUAUCUUUAGUAGUAUCUGAUGCCUACCCUGUGCCUCUGACUGUCCUGGAGACCCCGUACAGUAGCCUGGCUGUUGCCUUGAACACAUAUCCAUAGAGCUGCAAAGAUGACCUAUUAUGGGGUAUGGGGGCCGACUUAGCAACUCAGGUACCUUGGGAAAAAGGAUACUGGCUGGUCUGCCUCUAGGAGUCUUCUCCACCACCCAAUGCAUCUACAAUAAUAAACUGGGUAGAUUGUUAACGGAAUUAUAUAGUUUUUAUAUUGAUGCAUAGACUGGUUGUGAUGCUGUACACAGAAUAUCUUUAUAUAGUGCAGUCAGUGUACUGUGCCACUUGUGCUUAGGCUGGGAGGACUAGGGGCCCCCCUUUCUCAGGGGCCCACCAGGAGAUUCACCUGUUCCCCUGUGGGCCAGUCCAAGCUGUUUUAAGCUUCCCAUUAUACUUCUCCUACAUGUAGGACCCUCUUCUGCUUUUAGAUGUAGAACAAAUCUUGCAACUAAGGAGCAAAUGAUCAUUUUAAAUCACAAGUGAACCUAAACCCUUGUAACUACUUUGAAUGCCAUAAAAUGGUCACUCACCUAAAUUCUUUGUCAUGAUGUAUCUAAUUGGAUCAUUUCUACAGUGGCAUACCUGCCAUACAAAUCUGUACUUCUGUUUCCCAUAUACUGAAUUGUACAGGAUAGCAUUAAAUAAAAAAAAUUAAAAAAAA